AUGGAUGAUUGUUGGCCAUGCCCAGAUGGACAGUAUCCAAACAACAACCAUGACUCAUGUCUUCCAAAGCAUAUAGUUUUCCUCUCUUAUGAAGACCCAUUAGGAACUAGUUUGGCCACUACAGCAAUUUUCUUUGCUUGCAUUGCCACUGUAGUGCUUGGAAUUUUCAUCAAACACCAGGACACUCCUAUAGUUAAGGCCAACAACCGGAACAUCACCUACCUUCUCCUCAUCUCCCUUGUGCUCUCAUUCCUUUGCAGUUUAUUAUUCAUUGGAGAACCUGAAAAGGUGACCUGCCUUUUGCGACAAACUGCUUUUGGGAUCAUUUUCUCAGUAGCUAUUUCUUGUGUAUUGGCCAAAACUAUAAUUGUGAUUUUAGCUUUCAUGGCUUCAGUGCCAGGAUCCAAGAUGAGGCGAUGGCUGGGCAAGCAAUUAGAUAAUUACAUUGUUGUUUUUUGUUCCCUCAUUCAAGUCACUCUUUGCAUUGUAUGGCUUGUAACUUCACCCCCAUACCCAGAUGCUGAUAUGAACCUAGUGGCAGAUGAAAUCAUUCUAGGGUGUAAUGAAGGUUCUACUCUCAUGUUUUACUGUGUCUUGUUGUACCUGCUUUUCCUUGCCAUUGUUGGUUUCAGUGUGGCUUUUCAAGGCCGACAUUUACCUGACAGUUUUAAUGAGACCAAGUUUAUCUUCUUCAGCCUGUUGUGUUUUUGCAGUGUCUGGUUGUCCUUUUUCCCAACAUAUCUGAGCACUAAGGGCAAAUUCAUGGUAGCUGUGGAGAUCUUUUCUAUUCUCUCUUCCAGUGCAGGGUUAUUGGGCUGCAUCUUUUCCCCCAAAUGUUUUGUCAUUCUACUAAGGCCUGAUCUGAAUACUAAAAAGCAGUUAAUGAGAGGCAAGAGGGAAGAAAUAUAA